AUGGCUGGUAAUAAGUUGCAAGUUAAUCAACUGGUCCAACAGUUUCACUGUGUAGAAUAUCAAGAGAAAGCAACAACACAAGCGUUCAUGUUUCGAGAUCAACAACAAGGCAAGGAACCAACUGUUGUGGCCUUUAGAGGAACUGAAACCUUUGAUUCAGAUGCAUGGUUUGCAGGCGUUGGUCUCUCUUGGUAUGAGCUUCCGGGAGUAGGAGAGGUGCACGGUGGAUUUACGAGAGCUCUUGGCCUACAGAAAAAUGUAGGUUGGCCCAAGAACUUAGAAAAAUCCCAUGUUAAACAACCAGCCGUUGCUUAUUAUGCCAUCAGGGAAAUGCUGAGCAAUCUUCCGGAGAAGAAUGACAAUGGUAAGUUCAUAGUCACAGGUCACAGCUUGGGUGGUGCACUGGCAAUUCUAUUUCCAGCGAUUUUGGCUUUUCAUCAAGAAGCGUGGUUGUUGAAGUGA